AUAAAUUUAAAAAUAUCCACUAAAUUAAUGACACAUGUUUAUUAUUGUAUUUCUUAUUCAAAUGCUUUCGUACUAAAUAGCAUUACUCUUAAAAAAAAAUAACUCUUAAUUAAAACCCUAAAACAACCAAACAAAACGUAGCACCUCCAUCAAAAACAACAAAAUCCCCUCCUUUGCCCUUUUGUUGAAUCAGAAAGAAACAAUUUGCUUUGGACUUUGAAGUAACACUCAACUCAAUCCACCGUACAAACGAAACGCUCGCCGGAAAAACUCGCCGGAGUACCUCGUUGACCGCCAUAACUGUUAGAAGGUCCGCCGCAAGCUUUUGGGGGAAGGCGUGGAAGGAAAGACUCGUCUUUCUUAAGAUCAAAGCUUGACAUCCCGCACAGGGAAAGUACUCAAUAUGUAUGGGAGAAAAGCUUGCCAACUCGUGAAAGAAUUUGCAAGUGGAGAAAAGGGCCAGCUCACACCAUUUAAUAAUGACUUGUUUGACCAAGUAAUUUCAGAAUGCAGCCAACAUCAUCUUGAGCUUCAGUCCUUGAUAAGGAAGAUGCAGGAAGAAGGUUUGGAUGUCCAAACAGCUAGAAAUGCUGACCACCAUGGAGCCCUCAUUCAUCUAUUUGCUAUUGUCCGAAAUAAACGUUGUCUAACAGCCUAUGUGUAUAACCGAGCAGAAACAAUACGGAACCUGUUAUGGAAGAUAGGGCCUGUGAUUCCUAAAGAAAUUGAAGAGAAGCUUAAUCAUUGGGAGAAAGAGUAUUUCAAGAAGCAUUCUUCAGCAUUGAAAACUUAUAUGUCAAAAGCACUGGUUGAUUUGACUGUGGAUAUGGUACCACCAAAAGAUCCAUAUAUUCAAGUAAGGGUACUUGAAGACAUAAGAGAAGGCAUUGUACUUAGUGAUAAUAAGAAUCCCAAUUUUGCCCGACAUUCCAUGCACUUUCUGAAGCGAACUGAUGCAGAGAAAUAUAUCUCACGGGGCUUAAUGGAAGAGCUCACUGGUUGACUUGAACUGCUAGUUCUACAAAAAAAAUGUAGAUGAAAAGUUUAAUUUUGAACUUGAUAUGUUGGAUUAAUUAUCAUAUUUAAUGUUUUCUCUAGUCUUGAUUAUAAGAGAAUUAGUCCUAACAGAAGUGUAGUGAAGGUUAUGCAAUGAUGAGUUUAUAGGAGAUGAGUGUAGUUCAAGCUCUUGAGCAGAGAUGGAAAAAAAUGUACCCAAUCAUAAAACCUGUAUUGGCAUUUGGACAAGGAUAUUUAUUGUAUAAGAAAAUUAUGAAACUACCUGGACUUGGUGGUAGUACAUGCAUUCUAUUGUAUUUUAAAAAGUAGUUAAAUUAUUAGUAAUUCUACUGCAGCGUUUAAGGUGAGCGCUCAAUUAUCCUCGGCAGUUUACCACUUGUAUUAACCAUUAGGUUAGAUUUGCAUAUGUGAUUGUACUAGUCAUUACCCACACUGGAUCAAACAAACUCACAUUCAUUCUUCAUGGAAUUCUUCAACACACCCAUGACUCAUACUAUUACACACAAUUUGGUGAAAUUUUAAAUAAGAACACACUCAAUACAUACAAAACCCUUUUGAAAAACAAG